CCAAACUGAAAACAUACUCUUUAGUUUACCCAUCAACAAGAAAGAAACAAACGUUGUCAAAGACGUCAGUAGUCAAGAAAUCUGUGUGUUUUUAUCCAGUGAAUUUCCUAUCUCUAUUUGUGUACCAUUUACUGUUUGUUCCAAGACAAUUUUAUUUUUCGUUUCUUUUUUUUAAUUUUAUUUUUAUUUUUUGUGACAAUGAUCUUGUUUGUUGAAGAAGAAACACGUUUCAGUUUGUGUUAGCAAGAAUUAUUCGUUGACUUGGAUUCGUUUUGAAGUGCUCCUGAUUUAAUACAGCAGCAGAGUUGAAAACGCGCCGUAGCAACAUAUCAUCAUGAACUCAGUCAUAGGUCUCAGUCCGAAGAAUCCCAGCUGGGAUUUAAAUAAAAGCAAAUAUGAAGAAAUUGACGAGCUCCCAUUCAUGGCGUCCCUGGGCCCAGUCCUCACAAUCCUGGCGGUCUACUUGGUUUUCGUGCUGAAGAUCGGCCCAGUGUUUAUGAGGAAACGAGAGGGAUACAAACUAACACACACACUACUUAUUUAUAAUGCCAUACAAGUCGCCAUUUCAGUUUAUAUGGUGUACAGGUUCUUCAUAGAUCUCAUACAUAUGGGUCUGGUACCUAAGAAAUGUUACAUGAACGAAGACAAUUCGAGAAACAGAAUCCUGUUUGGCACAUACCUAUACCUCUCAGCGAAACUGUCAGAACUUCUGGACACUGUAUUCUUCGUACUUCGGAAGAAGACCAGUCAGAUCACGUUCUUACAUUUGUACCACCACACAGUCAUGGUCAUUGGCACAUGGGCUUUGCUCAAAUAUUGGCCGUCACAUACGCUGAUCUUUAUUGGGUUCCUAAACUCAUUGGUACAUGUCUUCAUGUACACUUAUUAUGGAUUGGCGGCGUUGGGGCCAAAUGUGGCCAAAUAUUUGUGGUGGAAGAAGUAUAUGACGAAGUUUCAGCUGAUUCAAUUCGUGUCAAUUAUCAUCCAAUAUGUUGCCACAGUCAGAGUGUCAGAAUGUCCUCCCGCUAGGGGAGUUGCCAUUUUUGUAUCUUGCAACACCGGAGUCAUUCUCCUACUCUUCUUAAACUUCUAUCGUCAAAACUACAAUAAAAGAAGAGGGGGGAUAGCAAGUAAAUUGUCUAUACCCGCAGUGUGCCUUCAUAAAGAAGACUAGUAUACUUUUUAAAUUAAAUAAGUGAUAUUUUUAAUAAAACCUCUGUGAUGAAAAGACAUUCAGUUGCCUCGUGGUCUGGGAAUAAUUUCGUAUUUUAUUUAAAAAAUUCGAUUACGUUACGAUCUUUGUAAAUAGUUAUUUUAAACUGUUUCUUAUGUGUAAAAAGACUUUUUUAUUGAAAAUGAUGGUUGAAGUCUUGUGUUGGAUAGAGAGAAAUGAGAAAUUUGUUGGAAGCUAGCUUAGUUAGUUUUUUUAGGCUGUGAAGGUAAAUGAACACAUAUAGAUUUUUUGAUAAAUCACUAAAUUUCUUAUGGGAUUGUAAUGAAGUGGCCUAAUGUUCGAUUUCAAAUGAGUUAUUUCACGUGUAAGGCCUAGACUCCACUAAAAUAGAGUUGUGUGGAGAAGUUUAAUAAAAAACAAUAGAAUUUCUUCUCUCAAGAAUACUUGAUUGAUUAAGUGAUCGUUUGAAUAAUAUUAUUCUAUUUUGUACUUGUCAAAAGACUGCCCCAUUUUGCUGGAGUCUGGGCCCAAGUGAGGAAAGACUACUUAAAUAUUGAAAUGGACUAUAAAGAACUGUUUGUAAAAUGAUAGGACAAAUAUUUGGUAUUUAUAAACAAUAGGUAGGUAAAAUAUUGUAUUUCGGAGCACUUUGAAUUCUAAACAAUUUUCUUGUGGCUUAUUUAGUGCCUUAUUAUUGUUGAAAAUUUUGAGUGAUACUUUUUAUGCUCGCUUUAAAAAGAUACAGUGUUCUGGCUCCUUUUAAAUAUGUUGAGAAAAUAAAAAAAAAUGUGUGGUACAAGUAUUACAGGAAUAAUAUAAUGUUUUCUUUGUUAUGGUUGGAUCAAACAGUGUAUUUUAAGACCUCCUAAUUUAUAAUGUUUACAGACUCUUACCUCGAACUUAAGAAAUAUAUUUAUUGCCUUAAUUUGCGAAGCUGGCUUGCUAUGCUAUACUUUUAAAUCGAAGGUCAGAAAUGGUGUGUGCAAUUAAAGGUGCAAUUCCACGACGAACCCCAUGCCACAGGAGGAAGCUGCGGCCUCGUGCGAUCUGUCUUGGAAUAGUACCUUAACGAAAAACUUUUAUGAACAAAGAACUGUAAUGAAUUUAUUGUAAAAAACUAUUUUAUAUCUGGAACUCAUGUCAACGAACAUUAUUUUGUAAAUUAUAAGUUAUAGGUGGAUAAAUGUUAGAAUAAAUAUAAUAAAUUAUGACUUUCUAUCAUUGUA